UCUGUCCGAGCUUGGUUCAAAUAUUUUCAAUUCAGUGUACCGGUCAACUUCGCUGGCUGAUAAAGAGUGAACAUGAGGGGCCCAAUAAAGAAAUCUCGGAAGAAGGUGGUAAAUUUAGAAGACGUAAUCAGGACGAAGCCCUUUCCACAUAUCCCCACGGUAUCAUCCUUAUAUACAGGUAUUCCAGAUGAUCCAUCUCCUCCUGAAGAGCCUGAUGUACUUCCUACAGUGCCCGAAGUUCCUGAGGAGCCUGAAGAGGAUGAGGAGGACGAGGAGGACGAGGACGAGGACGAGGACGAGGAAGACCCUACCUGCUGUCAAACAUUUCGCAUGAGAAGGUAGGGGGUAUA